AUGACUACCAACAACAAGAUUUUCUUAUCUGAGUUCCAGAUGGUCAAGAAUCCUUGUCACAUAGAGAGACGUUUCAAUCCCACGUAUAGAAAAGAAGGGGACCUAAUCAUUGCUGGAUUCCUCUCCCUUUUUGUGAAGGUAGAGAUUCAAGUGAACAAAUUUUUCUUCAAAAUAUUUCCCUUCAACAGUUAUGCACGACAAAUGGCAAUGUUCAAACAAUAUCACCAUUUCCUUGCUCUUCAGUAUGCUGUUGAUGAGAUCAACAAGAAUCCCUAUUUGCUGCCCAACAGAACUUUGGGAUAUCAGUUACUCAAUAACUUCCAUCUGGAGAAACUAGCUGUGGAGAGCUCCUUAAUAUGGCUAUCAGGGAGAGGUCCCAUUAUCCCCAAUUAUAGCUGUGAUAAACAGUCCAAUUCUGUGGCUGUCAUUGGAGGGAUGUCUGCUACACUUUCCAUGGCCAUGGCCACCAUUCUUGAACUAUAUAAAGUUCCACAGAUGCACCACUUUCUGAAAUUCAUCAGUUCUGUCAAUAAUGCCAGUGAUGGGUCACAUGAGGAUAGAGUCCAGGUGGAUGCUGAGACAUAUGAUAUACUAAAUUAUAAAUACUUCCCUGACCAGAUAGAGGCGCUGGUCAAAGUGGGUGAAGUGUAUCCUCUUGCCCAGAGAGUCACCAUUAAGGAUGAAGACAUAGAUUGGCCAGAAGAUUUCCAUCAGACAGCUCUUGAAAGCCAGCCCAGGUGUUGCUAUGCUUGCAAUCCAUGUCCUGAAGGGACAGUUUCCAACCAGAAAGAUGCAGAGCAGUGCCUCCAGUGCCCUGAAGAUCAAUAUCCUAAUAGGGAAAGAGAUCAUUGCCUCCCCAGGACUGUGACCUUCCUGGCCUAUGAGGAACCUCUGGGAAUGACUCUGGCCUGUGCAGCCAUCUGCUUCUCCCUCCUCACUGUGUCAGUCUUGGGGAUCUUUCUGAAGCACAGAGACACCCCCAUAGUCAAAGCCAAUAACCGCAGUCUCAGCUACACUCUGCUGGUCUCCCUCAGCCUCUGCUUCCUCUGCUCCUUGCUCUUCAUCGGCCAUCCUACCACAGCCACCUGCCUGCUGCGCCAAACCACAUUCGCAGUUGUCUUCACAGUGGCCGUUUCAUCCAUUUUGGCUAAAACCAUCACUGUGGUUCUGGCCUUCAGGGCCACCAAACCUGGGAGCAGGCUCCGGAACUGGCUGGGAUCCACACCAUCUUACUCUCUCAUUUUCACCUGCACCCUCAUCCAAAUGUGUCUCUGUGGCAUCUGGCUUGGAACAUCCCCCCCGUUCUUGGAGCUGGACAUCCACUCUGAGCCUGGCUCCAUUAUCAUCCAGUGCAACGAGGGCUCCCUCCUCAUCUUCUACUGUGUCCUGGGCUACAUGGCCUUGCUGGCCUUAGCGAGCUUCACCAUGGCUUUCCUGGCCAGGAACCUGCCAGACACUUUCAACGAAGCCAAGUUCCUGACCUUCAGCAUGCUUGUGUUCUGCAGUGUCUGGAUCUCCUUCCUGCCCUCGUACCAGAGCUCCAAGGGCAAGGCCAUUGUGGCCUUGGAAGUCUUUGCCAUUUUGACCUCCAGUGCUGGGAUUCUCACUUGCAUCUUUGCUCCCAAGUGCUAUGUGAUCCUUCUAAGAAUAGAACAAAAUACUCGGGGGAUACUUAAAACGAAAGCAACUCCCUCAGAAGCCAGGUCUUCUAAAGCUCGCCAAUCACAGUCAAGGAGCUCCUUUGAUCCAGUCAUAAUAAAAUGUUAA